AAGAAAAAACAGAGAAACUUCAGUUGUAGUGUUUGUAAAUAAAUAUCACUGAUUUCUGAUUUAAAUGUAAAAUAUUUUUAUAAAUUAUAAAAAGUUAUUUUCAAUUAUGGAUAAAUAUGAAGUAGUAGGUACUUUAGGUGAAGGAUCUUUUGGUCGCGUUUAUAAAGCAAAACAAGUUUCAAAUGGAUCCUUCGUAGCUUUAAAAGUUAUCAGUAAACGAGGACGAUCUACAAAAGAGUUAAAAGGGUUUAGACGAGAAUGUGAAAUUCAAAGGGAUCUGCAUCAUCCCAAUAUUAUUCAAAUGUUGGAUUCUUUUGAGACAGAAAAUGAAAUUGUAGUUAUCACUGAAUUUGCACCAAGAGAACUUACUGCUAUUUUAAGUAAAGAAGGAUAUCUGUCAGAAGAAAAAGUCCAACAAAUUGUAUGGGACUUAAUUUCAGCACUUUAUUACUUACAUUCAAAUAGAGUUUUACAUAGAGACUUAAAACCACAAAAUAUUUUACUAGAUCUAAAGAGUCGUGCAAAACUAUGUGACUUUGGGUUUGCAAGAAAUAUGAGUACAGGAACGCAUGUUUUAACUUCAAUAAAAGGAACACCUUUAUAUAUGGCUCCAGAAUUAAUUGAUGAAUUACCUUAUGAUUAUAAUGCAGAUCUUUGGUCAUUAGGUUGUAUCACUUAUGAACUAUUAAUGGGUACACCUCCAUUUUGUACUUCUUCAAUUUUGCAUCUAAUAAGGAUGAUUAAACAUGAGCAAAUUCAGUGGCCAACGUUUUUAUCUCCAGAAUGUACAUCUUUUUUAAAGGGAUUAUUACAAAAAAAUCCAGCGAAAAGAUUAGCUUGGGAGCAAAUCCUUAAUCAUCCCUUUGUAAAAGGUCACAUUUUAAUAACGAAAACUACAGGACCCAUGCCAUUAACAGCGGCCCUUACAGCUAGUACACAAGAAGUUAAAGAACAACAAAGGAAAGAUAGUAUAAAUAAUAAACAUUUAAAAGGUGCAGUAUCGAGAACAAUAAGUACAGACAAUGAUCAUACAAAACAAAAUAUUAAAAGUGGGAAAACGUCAAAUGAAACAAAAAAAUCAUCAGGAAACCAAAAUAAUAGUAAGUGUAGUAAUCCACAGGAGUCUAGGGAAACUCACCAGUCACUUGAAGAUAAACGCAAGAGCAAAAUUAUUAGCAGUAAAGAAGAGGAAAACUUAAGUAAAUGUUUGAAAGAAAGACUUAAUUUUAUUGAAGACAGUCAUCCAAUUGAACCAGAUGAAUGGGUUGUAUUCCUUCAACGUUCCAUUCAGGAAGUUAUGAAUGGCGAAAUAACUUCUCUUACGCAGCCAAAUCUUACAAAUAUAAUUGUGUCGCCUUUAAAAAACAGCAAUUCGAAUAGCAAAGUUCUCUGUUUUGUGGCAAAACUUUUAUCAAUCGCAUUCGUAAUAAAAGAUAUAUCUACCGAACAGAUUGAACAAAUAAAAAAGGUCUAUUUAGAAGUGAAAUUAGUUCCAAAUUUAAUUUAUGCAACCAAGCUGCUAUUGAGAAUUACCAAGUCGGGCCAUUCAACUUCCUCGUCCAAUUCACAUUCAAACUCGUCCCAGGAUAAUUCAGUUAAAUUACACAGUUAUAAAACAGCCGAUGUACUCGAGGUAGAAGAUCUGCAGGCUCUAGAAAGUAUAUUUACCUUAGUAUGUUAUUUGGUUCACAUGCAAGACGAAUUCUUAAUACAGUUUUGUGAUGCUGUACUUAUUUUAAAUGUUUUUGGUUUGAUCAAUUUAUUUCUCUGCCUGGUAAGAAGAAAACCAAGAAUUACCAUUGAUGUAUUAUCCAUUUUAACUCAAACAAUAAGGAGAUUACCAGAAAAUACCGAAAUAGUUGAAAAAAUCUUACUAAAUUCAUUGUCAUCCAAUAAUGAAAUUGAUUUUGGCGACCUCUUGCGCAACUCCAAUCCGAUCUUAAGAGAAAGGAGUUGCUAUUUUAUACUGUUAAUGGGAAAAUAUUUUCAAGCCAGUACAUUAGAAAAGUUCUGGUCUAUUGAGAUUCAGGAUACUCUUGAAGCUUUAAUGUUUGAUUCCAUGCAGAAUGUGCGCAAUGCAGCCGAGGCGGCGGUAAAUGAGUUGAAACAUAAGGAUUUUUAUAUUAAAUCCUCUACGUCAUUUUAAAAACCUAAAAUCUAGAUAAUAUCCUUGUUUAUAUAGUCCUAUAUUUAUAUAAUUUUAUUAUGUGAGUCAUUUAUAGGUCUGAUAAUUAUUAUUGGUACAUAUUUAUAAGUAUAGGAAUAGCACUUUUUUCAUUAUUUUUUAUACAUAUGUUCAAAUAAAAAAUAUUUCCAUAUAUAAAA